AAAAGCCCGAGCGGUGAGACGUGUAAAACGGCGGCCCUCUGACAGGCUUGGAGGACUCGCGGCGUUACAUCUGGCGCGUUGUGGCUCUGGCGCUGCUCAGCUUGCCUGCAUGUCCGCUUACAAGGUUCCGCAAAUGUGCAGAAGAAAACGGAGCCUCGCAGGGCCAAAAUCCCGCCAAAACAGGGAACAAGAGGAGGAGAAAAAAAAGCACGGGCUUCGGCCCGUCGGCGGGGAGGAGGGAGAGGAAUCCGAAUCCAGAGGAGAUUUGCUGCUUCAAUUUGCAUUGCCCCCCUCCCCCCGUGUAAAAGGCAAAGAGAUUCAAUUUUGACAGGCGGCCGAUUGAUUUCUUUGUUUAAUUGCAAUAUCGCGAUCCGGGUUGCCGGUCCUGUCUAAUUUCCACACGCCCGGAUUCUCGCGACAUUCACCUGAGGAGCUAAUCGUUACUUGUAGUCGGGGAGCUUCCGCGGGCCCGAAUAUUUGGGAGCAAUGCUGGUACCGCUAGUUGU